ACGUUCCGCUAUAGCGUCGCCUGAAAAAGUGAUAGAACGCAAAAGUGACUAUGUGAAUAAGUGAUCAUUUUAUUCACUCAUCUUAUUUGUAACAUUCGUAAUAUAGAUAGUGUGUUUUCGGUUGUGCACGUCUGAUGUGUAUGUGUCUAUUUAUCGAAAUGAAACAAACUAUAAGAAAAUUUCGUUUUAAUGUAAACAUAAAACUUAAAAACAUAAAAACGUAUAUAGAUAACUAUUUUUCUUUAUAGCUAGUUAUGAGUCUUUGCGAGAAAUGUGCAAAGUUUUACGGUUUACCAGAUGAAAAUAAUUUGUGUUCAUUUUGUUUCGACCCCACAAGAGCUGAAGCCAAACUUCAUUGGACCAAACGUCCGCAAGAUCCGGUCGAAAUAAAACAACGGAUCGAUCAAUUGACACUUUCAACCGAAUUAUUUGAUCUAUUGAAACAAUUUCAUCCGUGGAGAUUAGAACAUUUAUUAUGUAUUUAUUAUGUCAUUGAUAACUGGAAUAUUGAUCAAGAAGUGAUGCAUGUUGACCAUUGUUAUUGUGGUAGUUAUUAUAGACCAUCAACUCCUGAAGAUAUCGAUAUUCUAAAUUUCAAACAGUUGAAACUACAUGAAAAUGUAUUGUGA